AUGGUGCCCGUCAUCACGACGUCGUCCCAAACGCCCAACAUCACGGUGCUGGCGUCCUCGCGCGCCGUCGUGUCGGGCCGCCUCACCGAAGCAACCAUUGUCAUCUCGACCGUGACGGGCAAAAUCACCUCGAUCUUCCAUUCGGUGCUGCCCGCGUCCGACUUCCCGCCCGGCACGCCCUACGUCGACCACUCGCCCAAGAUCCUGCUGCCCGGGCUCGUCGACGCCCACGUCCAUCUCAACGAGCCCGGCCGCACCGAGUGGGAGGGCUUCUGGACCGGCACGCGCGCCGCGGCCUUUGGUGGCGUCACGACUGUCGUCGAUAUGCCGCUGAACGCUAUCCCGCCCACUACCACCGUCGAGAACCUUACGAUUAAGGUCGAUGCCGCCCAGGGCAAGUGCUGGGUUGACGUCGGCUUCUAUGGCGGCAUUGUUCCGGGCAAUGAUAAGGAGCUCAAGGGGCUUGUCCAGGCGGGUGUCCGCGGAUUCAAGGGCUUCUUAAUCGAGAGUGGCGUCGAAGAAUUCCCCGCCGUCGCAUCGUCCGACAUUGAAAAAGUGCUGGCCGAGCUGGCCGACGAGCCUACGACCGUCAUGUUCCACGCGGAGAUGAUCCCGCCCAUCACCGAGUCGGUGGGCGACGACGUGCAGAGCUCGGAGCCGCCGCUGCAGCCCUCUGGCGCGCUGACCAGCUACCAGACGUUUUUGGACUCGCGGCCGCCGUCGUUCGAGACGUACGCCAUCGCCGAGAUCCUGUCGCUCGCGCACCUGGCGCCCAAGCUGGCCCUGCACAUAGUGCAUCUGUCGGCUGUAGAGGCCGUGCCCCUGCUGCGCGAGGCCCGCGCCCGCGGCGUCAACGUCUCCGCCGAAACCUGCUUCCACUACCUCUCGCUCGCGGCCGAGGCCGUCGCCGAGGGCGACACGCGCCACAAGUGCUGCCCGCCGAUCCGCGCGCAGAGCAACCAGGACGGGCUGUGGGCAGAGCUGCAGCGGCCCGACGACUCGGUGCUCAAGACCGUCGUCAGCGACCACUCGCCGUGCACGCCCAACCUGAAGCUGUUGCCGGCCGCGCUGGCCGCCGGCGGCGCCGCCCCCGCUCACCACACCGACGGCGCCGACGGCGACUUCUUCUCCGCUUGGGGCGGCAUCAGCAGCGUCGGUCUGGGCCUCAGCAUCCUCUGGACUGAGGGCCAGAAGCGCGGCGUCACGCCCGAGGACGUUGCGCGCUGGUGCUGCCGCAACACGGCGCGCCAGGUUGGCCUCGAGGGUGUCAAGGGCGACCUGGCCGUCGGGUGUGAUGGCGAUGUCGCCGUCUUUGAUGACACGGCUGCCUUUGUCGUCCAGCACGACUCCAUGCUCUUCCGCAACAAGUGCUCCCCUUACGAGGGCCAGACGCUGACGGGCGUCGUCGAGGAGACGUGGCUGCGUGGCCGCCGCAUCCAUAGCCGUGCCGAUGGGUUCGGCAAGACGGGCCCGUCGGGCAACUUGCUGCUCGAGCCGCGGAAGCAUGCCCUUGUCGAGGACGAGGCUUGAUAAAAAGUUAAGUAGGUUUUUUUUUUUUUUUUUUUUUUUUUUUUU